UUCACAAAACAUUUGAUGCUUCACGUACUUGAACUGACUGCAGUUAAAACUAGUAAACACAGUAGUAGUAGUGGGGUCUACGCCGUGUCAUGCGCAUCUCUUCAAACAAAAAUAAUACAGUUAAAAUUUAAAUUUUUUGAUCUCCAAAGUAACGAGCUGAAGAUGCCUCCUCAAGCCACGGACGCGAACGGUGUACUCUUCGAGGGGGACGCAGAGACCGAGGACGUGGCGCUAGCCAAGAAGCCGGUCCGCCAAGCCGCCGCCGUCAAGUGGGACUACAUAUGGCACAUGAUCGUCGUCAGCCUGUUCCUCAACGCCGCCGGGGUGUACGGCGGCUACCGGGCCGUGGUCUCCGCCAAAUGGCCAACCAUUCUGUUAGCUUACAUCUUGUACGUGGCGUCAAUUAUCGGCAUAGCAGCGGGAGCCCACAGGCUUUGGAGCCACAAGUCCUAUAAGGCUAAAUGGCCACUCCAACUCAUCCUUAUGAUCUUUCAUACGACUUCUCUCCAGUACUCCGUGAUAAACUGGGCGCGCGACCACCGCAUGCACCACAAGUACGUGGACACAGAUGCGGACCCCCACAAUGCUACACGAGGGUUCUUCUUCUCCCACGUUGGCUGGCUGAUGUUGGAGAAACACCCGGAGUACGAGCGGAAGAGCAAGCAGCUGGAUAUAAGCGAUCUCGAAAAUAACCCCAUAUUGCACUUCCAGCAGAAAUAUUACGUAGUCCUGGUCGCAAUUAUUUGCGUCAUGCUCCCCACUGUCAUCCCGGUCUACUUCUGGAACGAGACCUGGACCGACGCUUUUUUAGUGUCCGUGUUGUUCCGCCAUGCCAGCUGCUUAAAUGCAACUUCUUUAGUCAACUCCGCUCUACACAAAUGGGGAUACAAACCUUACGAUAAAAACAUGUUGGCUACAGAACUUUCAGUUCUCGAUCCGAUAAUAUUAGGUGAGAACUACCACAAUUUCCAUCACGCGUUCCCUUGGGAUUAUAAGACGUCAGAACUUGGUGGAACCUCUUUUAGGUUUACGACGGCGUUUAUAAACUUUUUCGCGAGAAUCGGCUGGGCGUAUGACUUGAAGACAAUUUCUGAUGAUAUUAUUCAGAAGCGUGUUAUACGCACUGGAGAUGGCUCGCACAACAUUUGGGGGUGGGGUGACAAGGACCAGGCUAAAGAAGAGGUGAAUGCAGCCGUAAGAAUAUACCCUAAAGAUGAUUAGGAAGGAUCAACGUGAG